AUGACUGCUCUUAGACAAUUGACUCGUAUCGCAAGAAAAACCACGCUUGCCACCCGCAUUACCCAAAGUCGCGCGUUUGGAACCUCUAUGGUCCGCAUGGCCAAGGAUGAUAACUCCACAAUUGACUUCUUCAAGUUCCCCGACAUGACUGUAUCGACCAGUCUUCCGUCCAGCCAUAUUAAUAUUCCAUCUCUGCCAGAUUCUUGGACAACUCUAAACUCAUUGAAGCCUGUAACUGUUGGUGGUGGUAGUACCAAGCCUACUGCCGAGUUUAAGGCGGGUGACAUUUCACACGUUUCCGGCCAGGCCACGGCCAGUCAAAUGUCAGAUACGGAGCCAUUGACCCGCGGCCAAAACGACCUGCUGUCGUUUUUUGAGUCUUCGGAGGCUGGCAAGGAUACUGUACAAGAGCUGAAGCUUGAAGAGCUUGGUGAAAAGGACCGUUUCACCCUUACUGUCAUUGCAAGUGGUGUGGUUGCAUACUGGCUUGUUGCAGAACUGCUUUUUAAUGAUGAAGCUGCUAAACAUCCAGAGGAUCUUAAGGAACUUGGUGCUUAA